AUGUCCACUGACGUUGAACCUUCAAAUACAGUGAAGAGAUCUUUUGACAAUAAAGAAAUUGUAAAAUGCGAGGAAAGCCUACAAAAUCAAAAUAACGCUACAAAUAAAAGAGCGAAGCUAGAAGAAACCUAUGAAGAAAAACAAGUAAAGGAAAGUAACUACAUUAAUCCAACAAGCAAAGGUAUAGAUAAACAAGAAGAUGAUGUAGAAGAAACUAAAUCCAUUCAAAUACCAUAUAGUGGAAUAAGGAGUAAAGAAAAUGAAAUACUAAAACCAAGAACACCAAGGGAACCUAUACGUAUAGGUAGGAAUAAUAGAGAUAAUAAAUAUGUUUUUCCAAUGAUUAAAAAAGAAGAUACACAGAAUGCUAGAAUGUUUUUAAAAUAUUAUGGUUUAAGAAAAUUUUUGGAUACAUAUCUACCUGAAGAAUUAAAUUCCUUAUAUGUGUAUUUUCUAAUAAGACUUUUAGGAUUUGAAUUAAAGGAUAGAGAUGUAAUAAAUGCUGUUCACGCAUAUAUUUCUCCGGUAACUCUAAAUUCUAAUAAUAGUAAUAAUAUCAGUGAUAAUGACAAAACCAAUAGCCUUGAAGAAAGUGAUUUAAUAUAUGAAGAAUUUGAAGAUCCUCUAGAAAAGAAACAUGCCGUUAGAUUAAUAAAGGAUUUACAAAAGGCAAUUAAUAAAGUUUUAUCUACUCGUCUAAGAUUAUCUAAUUUUUACACACUAGAACAUUUUAUUGAUAAAUUACAAAAGGCUAACAAAAUUCUGGUUCUUACAGGUGCUGGUGUAUCAACCUCUCUGGGUAUUCCUGAUUUUAGAUCUUCAGAAGGUUUCUAUUCUAAAAUUAAAUAUUUAGGCCUAGAUGAUCCACAAGAUGUAUUCAAUAUGGAUAUUUUUUUGCAGGAUCCUUCAGUAUUCUAUAAUAUUGCACAUAUGGUGUUACCUCCAGAAAACAUUUAUUCUCCAUUGCAUAGUUUUAUUAAAAUGUUACAGGAUAAAGGGAAAUUAUUAAGAAACUAUACGCAGAAUAUUGAUAACUUAGAAUCAUACGCAGGAAUCAAAGCAGAAAAGUUGGUGCAAUGUCAUGGUUCCUUUGCUACUGCAUCAUGCAUUACUUGUCAUUGGCAACUACCAGGUGAAAAAAUUUUUGAUCAUAUCAGGAAAUUAGAGUUACCACUUUGUCCGUAUUGUUAUCAAAAAAGAAGAGAAUAUUUCCCAUUGGAAUUGGACGAUAAUAAUGACGGUAAUAAAGAAUAUUAUACUCAGCCUAAAAAUAAUAAAAUUUCUAAAAAUCCAAUUGCUGGUACAGUAUUGAAAUCAUAUGGUGUUUUAAAACCUGAUAUUACUUUUUUUGGUGAAGCCUUACCAUCUAAAUUUCAUAAAACUAUUCGUGAAGAUGUAUUGAAAUGUGAUUUACUAAUAUGUAUUGGGACCAGUUUGAAAGUUGCACCUGUCUCUGAAAUUGUCAAUAUGAUUCCUGCACAUGUCCCUCAAGUGUUAAUUAAUAAAGACCCUGUAAAACAUGCAGAAUUUGAUUUAAAUCUGCUUGGAUUCUGUGAUGAUAUUGCCGCAUUGAUUGCACAAAAAUCUAAUUGGGAUAUACCACAUAGCAGUUGGUCAGAUUUGAAAAACAAAAGAAUAGAAUAUAUAGAGAAAGAUAAGGGAUUUUAUGAUGUCUUUGUGGCAAAAGAAAGACUAGGUAGUAAAAUAUAUAAAAAGGAAACUGAAGAACCUAUAUUAUCUUCGAAUUAA